AUUCUCUGGUUGCAGUCGGAGCUUUACACUCAAUUACACACUGCCGCCUAUCGGUUGAACACGGCCAUUGCGCAUCUUUUGGUUGGCGCACUUUUUUUCCUCGUCUUCGCGGACUGCCUUACUUUGCGAAGCCUACCGUGGAGCACUGUUUGUAACGUGAUACAAGCAUCCCAAGCUGCAAUGGAUCCAUCAUGCGAAGAGUGCAUUAAGGGCACUAUCCACAGAGGCCAACCACUAGGCAAGGAAGAAAUGGUUCAUGGUCUAAACACCUACGUCAUCGGCAACCGCACCAACCCGCGAGGCAUCGUAGUAAUCUACUCAGACAUCUUCGGCUUGCCGCUUCCCAACAACAAACUCAUCGCCGACGCGUAUGCCAAGAGCGGCGAAUGGCUGGUCUAUCUCCCAGACUUCUUUAAAGGUGAUCCUGUGCCGCUCAAGAUUGCAGACCUUUUGAUUCCAACCGAUGCGACUAAGCAAUCGGCACUAGCAAAGUAUACGGGCAUGCUUGCUAAGGCUCCUUCAUUUAUCAUGUGGAUGACGAGGCACAAAGAGGCACCUACCAACAAGAUCUGUAUGGAUUUCUUGCAGGCGUUAAGACGCGCAACUCCUAGGAGCCAGAAGAUUGGAAUGGUCGGAUUCUGCUGGGGUGGAAAGUAUGCGAUUCGGGCCGGGCUGGAGAACAACAUGAUUGAAAUUGAUGGCAAAAAGAUGCCACUUGUGGACGCAGCAGUGGCCUUGCAUCCAAGUAAUUUGUGCUUUCCGGAUGACGUCGAGGCUUUAGUGGUACCUGUUACCUUUGGUUGGGGACUGGAGGAUACAGGGGUGAAAAUUGAGCAGAAGGGCAAGGUAGAGGAGAUUCAUUCGAAAGCGAAGAAAAAUGGGAGAAAGUUACCCGAGAUUGAGCACAAGGUUUAUAAGCCCGGGCGGCAUGGUUUUGCUGUGAGAGGCAACCCGGACGAUCCACUGGAGAGGGCCUGCCUGGAGGACUCGAUGACGCAGGGUUUAGACUGGCUUGCAAAGUGGCUUUGA